AUGGCGGGUUCCGAGUCUGCGAAUGGCCUCGAGUUCAUGCAGCCUGGGCAAAAGCGGCCGGCCAAGUUAUUCCACAAGAAGUCGAGGACGGGGUGUCAGCGAUGUAGGGCCCGUCGAGUCAAGUGCGAUGAAGCAAAACCAAUCUGCUCAAACUGCACCCGUCUCAGCCUAACCUGCGUCUACGACCGCAUCAAGCCCGACCAGUCUGACCCUUCACCACCCUCCUCCUCCAAAGACCAAAACACCAACUUCAACCCAGAAAGCAUCAUCGACCCCCCCGAGUCCGAAGCCCGGCGCAAGCUAGAACUCUCCCUCUUCUACCAGUACUUCUCCGAAACAGGGCCCUCCAUCUCCGUAGACGAAUCCUCCCACCCCUUCUGGGUAGACAUCGUCUCCCAGCUCGCCUUCAAGUGCAAUGCCCUCCUCUACUCCCUGUUCCUGCUGUCCGCGCUGCACCGCACCAAGAAGUCCAACUACACGGACAAGGAGUCCCUCAACCACAGCAGCACCUACCUCAACAUGACCCUCCGCGAACUCAACCGCGAGAUCGAGCACCUCUCGUCCGAAAAUGUGGACGCCGUCUGCCUCACCGCCAGCAUGCUCCGCAUCUACACCUUUGUGCGCCUCCAGGACCGCGACCUCGACUCCUACGUGCCGCCGACGUCGUGGCUCCGCAUGACGGGCACCAGCAGCGCCGUGUUCCGCCAGUCGGCCGAGAUCACGGCCAUGAACCCCAACUCGGUGGGCAUGCAGAUGAUCGACCUGGUGACGCACCUGCUCGACGAGGAGGAGGAGCGCCUCCACACAAGGGGCCUCCUCCACUUGAUGCGGCGCCAGGACGCACACGAGCUGCAGGAGUCGUGGGACGAAGACGUCCAGGACGCCUAUCUCUCGACGCUAAAUUACAUCGGAGGUAUUUGGAAGGCCAUGCAGGACCGUCAACCCCCCGGCAGCGUGGCAAGGCGUCUCAUCGUGUUCCCGCUCUUCGUCAACACCCGCUUCGUCGACAUGGUGGACGAGAAGAGGUCUAGGGCCCUGGUCAUCAUGGCGCACUACUUUGCCUUGCUGGCCAUGUUGCGAGGCUUUUGGUGGGUGGGUGACGCGGGGCCGAGGGAGGUUCGCGCCAUUGUCAAGGAGUUGCCGUUGGAGUGGCAGCCGAGUUUGGCUUGGCCCUUGGAGAUAUUGAAGGAUCAGAUUGUCUUUACCCAUGAUAUGGAGGUGGAUAAGUUGUCAGAGUAUGCCGCUGGGCUAAAGUUGCAGAUUUGA